AUGGGUGUGAAGCAGGUUCUAAAGAGCAUUGAUGCGUUUCCAAGAACAGAGGAUCAUUUGCUGCAGAAAACACAAUCUGGUGCAAUUGUAUCGGUUGUUGGACUCCUUAUAAUGGCUACUUUGUUCUUGCACGAGCUGAGUUACUAUCUUAAUACACUCACAGUGCAUCAGAUGUCAGUGGACUUAAAGCGUGGAGAAACUCUUCCUAUUCAUGUAAAUAUGACGUUUCCAUCUUUGCCUUGUGAUGUUUUGAGCAUGGAUGCUAUCGACAUGUCAGGGAAACAUGAAGUGGAUCUCGAUACAAACAUUUGGAAACUCCGUCUCAACAGUCAUGGUCAUGUCAUUGGUACAGAAUAUAUAUCUGAUCUUGUUGAAAAGGAGCAUGAUCACUCAUCUCACAAGCAUGAUGGCAAAGAAGAACACAAGAAUGAGACGGAAGCAUUGAAUACUCUUGGCUUUGAUCAAGCUGCUGAGACGAUGAUUAAAAAGGUGAAGCAAGCAUUAGCAGAUGGAGAAGGAUGCCGGGUCUAUGGUGUCCUAGAUGUACAACGGGUUGCUGGAAACUUCCACGUUUCAGUUCACGGGCUGAACAUUUAUGUUGCUCAAAUGAUAUUUGGAGGGUCCAAAAACGUAAACGUGAGCCAUAUGAUUCAUGAUCUAUCCUUUGGGCCGAAGUACCCCGGAAUUCACAACCCACUUGAUGACACAAACCGAAUCCUGCAUGACACCAGUGGAACAUUCAAAUACUAUAUUAAGAUUGUUCCCACGGAAUAUAGAUAUCUUUCAAAAGACGUUUUGUCAACAAAUCAAUAUUCUGUAACUGAAUAUUACACACCGAUGAACGAAUUCAGCCGGACAUGGCCAGCUGUCUACUUUUUAUAUGAUCUUUCACCUAUCACCGUGACCAUCAAGGAAGAACGCCGUAGUUUUCUCCACUUGAUCACCCGGCUUUGCGCUGUAUUAGGGGUCAUGGUCUUCAAUAGGGAUGCUAGAUCGUUGGAUGUUCCGCUUGAUUGA